UUACGAUGUCGGAGAGCAUCUGAAUUUCAUUGCCUCGACACGUUAUGAGUUCUGCUUGUGGACCGAUGGACUGAAUGUGCUUCUCGGCCGGGAGAUGGUCAGCGAAAGGAUGCGGAGCGAACUGGAUAUCUUGCUGUCAAUGGAGCUCAAGUUGCGAUUGUUGGAUCUGGAGAACAUUGCCAUUCCGGAUGCCCCACCCGACAUCCCAAAGCCUCCCAGCAACUUAAAUUUCUGCUACGACUUUACCCAUAUCGAACAGUAAAGGUCUGUCCUUGCUGUCCUUACCACACAGUGCUUCCCCCCCACCCCACCCUCCUCAAGCAGGAUCUGCACACACCACUCUACGAAUGCACGGGUUCAGAUCACCCGGAAAGCCGGAUCAGAAAAACGUGGCAUGGAAAUUCCCUACUUUCACCCCACAUUGUUCCAAUUGCUUUCUCUGUUGUUAUCUUUCGCCCAAGUAGCAUUUACUGGCGACAUCAAAGCCGGGCAAACCACAGGUAAACCAAUGCUGUCCAAACCGCACCCUGUCAAAGCAGGGUUUGAAGAUGAGCGGUGACCACGGAUUGCCUAAUUCAGACAUCGCAACAAACGAAGCGAGGCCAAGAGGAAGGAGUGGGGCAGCUUGUGGUUUGCUCACAGCCUUCCCAACCAAGCCCUGGUUGAGGGUGCGUGUUUUUUUGUUUUUAAAUCUAGAAAGUCAGUUCUUUGAAUUAACGCUUCCGGAUGCACAAUUUUAUGGGGCUUCCUUCCAACCGAGGUGCCAUCAAAAUCUGGAAUGGGGAAUAGCUUUGCCCGGGAGAGAGAGAGACAGAGAGAAAGAGAGAGGCUGACAGAGAGGGCUUAAGAAUAGAAAGUGAGCACUGUGAAAAGGGGAACAGAGAACUGAAUAGCCACCCACUCACUCACCACAAUAUUUGUUUCUAUGAGCUACCGUGUUUCCCCGAAAAUAAGACAGGGUCUUGUUUUCUUUUGACCCAGAA